CCCGCCGCGAGCGGGAAGGAGGCGUGUGCCCGCGGCGCGGCCCCGAGGCGUGUGCGCGGCCAUGUGCGGUUAGCGCGGCGCGCUCUGUCCUCCUUUUCCCGGCCGCGACCCUCUGAGCCCCUCGAGUCCGGGUAAAGUGAACAGAGUUAUCUGUGACAUUCCAUCAGGCACCUUUAUGUAAGGAAGUCGUACUGUAAUAACUCGCCAUGGCGUAUGGAUUGCCAAGAAAGAACACAGUGAAAACCAUUUUGCGGGGCAGUUGUUAUAAUGUACAGGAACCUUGGGAUCUUGCACUGCUUGCAAAGAACUGGUACACAAACCUAGCCAAUAUCAAGUUGCCUUUCUUGGAAGAAAUUUCAUUUGGUGGUUCUGUGCAGCUCACAAAAUGUAACACCGUUAAAGAUGGACUGCUCCCUUCUGCAGAAUCCAUCAAACUCGAAAGGGAGUAUGAAGUGAAGCGUCUUUGUAAACUGAAAUGUCAAGAAAAUACAUCUGAGGAAAUUAAGCUUCUCCUGAGGGAAAGGCCAGCCGGUUUGAGAAGACCUCUUCCAUCUAAAUGACA